CACCUGACAGGGAUGUCGAACCAGAUGCUUCCCGAGAACAACGGCAACGAGAUGGCGGUUUCGUGGGCGAGGUACCAGCUGGCGGUCACCAAACACAAGGAGGACGAGUUCGGGAGCAGUUCCUGUUACGCCAUGUUUGACAACCGAGACCCGACCGUCUACUUCAACCGGUUUAUAGAAGACAACGACAACAUAACUGAUCAGGACCUCGUGCUGUGGAUAUCGACGGGGGUUCACCACAUCCCACACACGGAGGACCUGCCGGUGACUCCAACUCCCGGCGCCCAUCUCGGCUUCGUCCUUCUCCCAUACAACUACUUCGACGAAUGUCCGUCCAUGGCGUCGCGUGACGCCAUCAGGGUCGACCUGAAAAAUAAGCACAAGCCGGAGGAAGGAGUCGUCGUCAAUAGAUACGGGAAUCCUGAAGGAGUCGGGUGUGUCGCCAAGAUGGCGGACUAUGACGCGGAACUCAAGAAAAACCCGGAUGCUGCUUUACAAAGUAGACAGGGAACAUAG